GCGUCCUUCUCUGUCUUGUUCAAAUCUUCCCACUGCUACAGCAAUUAGGAAAAGCACAACGGAUCUGAAGCCAGGCAACCAGCACCUGCGACUCUCCGGGCUGCGCUUCAUUCGGGGUGGACCUGCUCUAAGCGUCCAGAGUCAGGUUCUGCAGCAUCACGUCCAAAGCCAAGACCACAGGAUCUGGCUCCAGUGGGUGCCCGCGACCUUCUGCGCCAUGGAAUUAGCCCAGGCGGGCAUCUUAGCCUCUUCCCUGGCCUCCAGGAUAGUGUCAGCAGCGAGCCUGGCCACAGCGGGCGGGGCGGCCUGUGGCAGUGUCCUGGCUGGACUUCCAUCAGUGGCCAAGACUGCUGCAGCUGUGAUUGGAGGAGCCGUGACCGUGGGGGCUGUACCCGUGGCACUGGGCGCCAUAGGCUUCACCGGGGCAGGAAUCGCCGCUGGCUCCAUAGCAGCCAAGAUGAUGUCCGCAGCCGCCAUCGCCAACGGGGGCGGAGUUGCAGCCGGCAGCCUGGUGGCUACUCUGCAGUCGGUGGGAGCAGCUGGACUCUCCCUGUCGUCCAAAGUCAUCGUGGGCUCCGUUGGGUCUGCUCUGGCCACCGUGGUGCUGUAA